AGGCCGCAUGGAUGCUGUAGAUGAGCAAGCAAAAACUAAGCACAAGAUGCCAUAACGGCCUACGAACUUGCAGUCGAGUCGGUAGAGUAAAUUACCGGUUGCACGAACAGCUCGUACGGAUCUUGGCUGCGGCGGGGUAUAUGCAAGAAUUGCCAACCGGCGCAAAGCUUCCAGUCGUUCGUACCGAUCGGAUCGAAUGGGAUCAGGUGUUUCUCGGAGUUGAGUUGUUUCACGCGUUGCGACGGUGUUUUCUUAUUCGUGGCGUCCGAAGCUGUCCGAAGCCGAGAAAGGCAGCGGAAUUAAUUUUUCAUUUGCGUGCGUGUUUUGUUUUGGGAUCCGGAUAGAAUUACGAAAGAGUGAACCGACCGGCCGAGGGAAUUGACGCCGACGGAAGGUGUCUUCUUUGAUGGAACGGAAGACGACUGUGUUCGUUGUCUACAGUGGCGUGAGAAUCUUUUUGUUACGAGCAUGAGAUAUGCUGAGAUGAAGAUUCCCAGUGAAUGAAAUUCAUAGAUUUCAAAUCGGAGAAGUUAUGGGUCAUGUCUAUUGAGAAGAAAGUUUAUGAAGUUUAUAUCUUCAGAUUAGAUUGUGGUGACAUAUGAUUGGUGUAAUGUAUUAGUGAUUAUUCCAUUCAUAAAGAAAAACAUCUGGAAUUCGAAUCAAUGGAUACCAUCAAAAUAGAGCAAUUGAAGACUGAACUGCGGACAUGCACGGCAUGCGGGGAACCGAUUGCCGAUAAAUACCUUUUCGACGUUGAUGGAUGCUCGUGGCACGGUUCCUGUUUGCGGUGUUCCAUCUGUCUGACGCUGUUGGAACGGCAACCAUCGUGCUAUUUCCGCGAUCGACAGGUCUAUUGUCGGUCGGAUUAUGCGAAAACCUUCGGCGCCAAGUGUUCCAAAUGUUCCAGAUCGAUCGCCCCUUCGGAUUGGGUACGGAAAGCUCGUGACCUGGUGUUCCACCUGGCAUGCUUUUCUUGCGAUACCUGCGGACGUCAGCUUUCCACCGGAGAGCAGUUUGCCCUGGUCGACGAUAAAGUUAUGUGCAAGAUCCACUACAUGGACAACGCCGACGAUUCAAAUUCCAGCGAUGAUGGUUGCAGCACGGAUGGAUUUAAUAAAAACAAAUCGAAGCGGGUGCGAACGACGUUCACCGAAGACCAACUCCACAUUCUGCAGGCAAACUUCCAAAUCGAUAGCAAUCCAGACGGGCAGGACCUCGAAAGGAUAGCACAGCUAACGGGACUGAGCAAGAGAGUUACCCAGGUGUGGUUCCAAAACUCCCGGGCAAGACAGAAAAAGCACACACAUGUUCCUAGAGAUCAUAGCGUUGGAAUGUUCAACGCCCUCCGACAAGAUUUCAACAACAACAGUAACACCAGCCUCAGCGAUAACGACAGUGGUGUGGCAAAACCAACGUCUAUGUUCAAUCAGCACGUUAAUCUAAUAAACCUGAUGGUGUAACAUAUGGGUAUGCAAUCGUUUUUGCAUUUGACGCCAACCCCGCCAAUCAAAACCGUUGUUGGUGGAAGAUGUGUUAUAGACGAUUGCGGCGUUGAACUCAACGAGGUUGAGAUGAGUCACAUGUACUAACUUAUGGGAAUUUGGACUUUGGAGUUUCUGUUAAUGUAUGAAACCAAAGACGCGGUACUCCAUCUGAUUAGUUUAUAGGGAAAUUUGAAAGUUAAACCGAUAGGUAUAUUUAUUGAAUUAGUAUUAAUUGCCUGUAAAGUGUAAAUAAAGCGUUACGCAUGUGAAUCUCAUCAAAUAUGAU